UAGUGCAAUUUCCCCUUUCGCUCCGCAGUCUCAGCGUAGGUCUCCGCUGCCUUGCGCCCCCUGCCCGGGCGCCCGGCGGUCACUUCCCUGGGCCCGGCGUCCACCCUGCACCCCGAGGGUUCCCCAGUUCGUCUCCUCCCCACCUCCCACCGCCACCCUUAAUCCUGGGAUCAUUUUUAUCAGGGGCGCCACCGCCUCACCCAGUAUUUGCAUCUCGCCCUCCAACUUGCCAUUGGCGGCGCGACGUGUGGGAGAGCCCUGCGCCUUGCCCGCUCGGACCAGCCUGCCCCGGCGCCGAGGUCGCUCCUGCACUUGGCUCAGCUCAGCAUGCAGCCUUGAGCCCAACUUAGGCCCCUACAAGCUGCAGCUGUCUCCACUUCCGAUCUUACUGGCUCAGCGCAGGUUCAAGGCUCUGAGGCACGGCAACACUGCAUCCAGAAGCCCCCCAAGCCCCUCUUCCCCUGGGCCCUCCUGUGGGACCCUGCUAUUAGCUGUGUGACCUAACAGCAUGGCUGUCACCCUGCAGCCCAGUGACCUGGUCUUCGAAUUUGCAAGCAACGGCAUGGAUGACAUCCACCAGCUGGAAGACCCCUCCGUGUUCCCGGCUGUGAUCGUGGAGCAGGUACCUUAUCCAGAACUGCUGCAUCUCUACUCGGGCCUGGAGCUGGAUGACGCUCACAAUGGUGUCAUCACCGACGGGGCCCUGUGCAUGGCGCAAGACCAGAUCCUUGAGGGCAGUUUUCUGCUGGCAGAUGACAAUGAAGCCACCUCACACACCGUGUCCACCACUGAAGUCUUGCUUGAUGUGGAAUCUCCCAGUAACACCCUGGACGAGAAACAGAUCUUCAGUCCCUCCGAAAUGCUCCCAGAAGCCGAGCCUAUGCAAUCUGCUCCUCUGUCCAGCUGUGUGCAGUCCACCAUGGAGCCCUCUGGCCUCCACAGUGUGGGUGGAAGUGACAACCAGCAGCUUAACCUGGAGGUCUCCGAGGAGGACCAUUCCAAGAAGACCGGCAAAUCCAAAAAGAGAAUACGGAAGACAAAGAACAACCGAAGUACAUCGCCUGUUACUGAUCCCAGCGUCCCCAUCCGGAAGAAAUCUAAGGACGGCAAAGGCAGUAGCGUGUACCUAUGGGAGUUCCUCCUGGCGCUCCUGCAAGACCGGAACACCUGCCCCAAGUACAUCAAGUGGACCCAACGAGAGAAAGGCAUCUUUAAGUUGGUGGACUCCAAAGCCGUGUCCAAGCUGUGGGGGAAGCAGAAAAACAAGCCGGACAUGAACUACGAGACCAUGGGACGGGCGCUGAGGUAUUACUAUCAGAGGGGUAUCCUGGCCAAGGUGGAAGGGCAGCGGCUGGUGUACCAGUUUAAGGAGAUGCCCAAGGAUCUGGUGGUGAUUGAAGAUGAGGACGAGAAAAGGGAUGGCCCAGGAGGGCCCUCACAGGCCAUUGCAUCCUCCUCUGGUGCCGGCGGCAGUGACGGUGCUGGCGGCAGUGGCGGUGCUGGCGAUGGUGCUGGUGGCGGCAGUGGCGGCAGCAAUGGUAGCCGUCGCGUCAGCUCCAGGAUGUCUGCCCGAGCGGCCCCCCAGGGCAAGGCCAGUUCUUCUUGGGAGAAGCCGAAGCUGCAGCAUGUGGGCCUGCCUGCAAACUCAGAGACCCCUACUACCUCUGCCAUCUUGGUCUCUGUCCCAGACACCCAGGCCAAACUCACCAUAGCCGGGAGUGCGGCGGCGGCGGCAGCCGUGCCUGCCAACAUCCAACUGGGAGUGGCACCGGUGGCAUCAGGCUCAGCCUUGACCCUGCAGACCAUCCCGCUGACCACAGUGCUGACCAACGGGCCUCCUGCCAGUACUACUACUUCUACUCAGCUUGUGCUGCAGAGUGUGCCUCCUGCCUCGAACACAUUCAAGGACACCUUCACCUUGCAGGCCUCCUUUCCCCUGAAUGCCACUUUCCAAGAGAGCCAGGUUACAGCUACAGGGACCCCGCUGAUUCUCAGUGGGCUCCCCCAGCUCCUGACCGGGGCCAGCCGGCCCACCAACCACCUUGUAGCCACCUCAGUCUCGGGUACCUCUUCAGCAGGGUCUAGCUCCCAGCCCCCUGGGACUGUCAUUGCUGCCUUCAUCAGAACUUCCGGUGCAGUCCCAGGGGUCAAGGAGGGUCCCCUGCAGUCCUCCCCCUACGUGCAGGGCACCGUGACCGGGGCCCCUAUGGAGGGUCUGCUGGUGCCCGAAGAGACCCUGAGGGAGCUUCUGAGGGAUCAGGCUCAUGUCCAGCCACUCCCGGCCCAGGUCAUUUCCAGGGCUCCCCAGAAUGCAAGCCUUACGGGGAGCCAGACUUUUUCUCCUCCCAGACGCCCCUCUGUUGGGCUAACCCCAGUGGCUGAACUUGAGCUUGCCUCAGGCUCAGGGUCCUUCCCGAUGGCUGAACCUAGCAUGAGCACAGCUGGAAGCCUGCCCACCACAUCACCCACCCCAGCUCCCUUCUCUCCCUUUAACCCCACUUCGCUCAUUAAGAUGGAGUCCCGUGACAUGUAAAUGAGCAGGUGGUGAGAAGUGUGAGCUCGCCAGUACAGCCGAGCAGCAUUGUGGGAUGGGCUGACUUAUGUAGCAUGGCCACCCUUUACAUUUCAGUAGGAUUCAUUACUUUCACUCACCCUCCCCACCCCUCCAGCCCCAGGCCCUGUCCGGUCUCACCAUGACCAGGUGGGGGAUCCCUGACAUCUGACCAUGGCACUCCAGAGCCCUAAGGGGAUAUUCUCUUGGCAGUCAAAUGGGCUCUUUGGUAAUGGCAGGUAGAGCCUUUGAACCUGCGAGCUUGCCGGCAGGGCUACUGCCAGGCUUCUGAGUCCUUGUGCCUGACUGGUUUUCCCUGUCCCUGUUCCCUACACGGGGUGAUGGCCCCAUAUGUGAAUCUCUCUGGGUGUUUUUUUGUUUUGUUUUGUUUUGGUUUUGGUUUUUGGUGUGUGUGCAUGUGUGUAUACUUGUGGCUUGUGGGUCUAUCUUGUAGCUUCUUUGGAGAGAACAAGGGCAUGGUCGUGAACUCUAGUUUUGGAGGGUGCGUGUGCCUUUUCUGUCUGUCCCUCCAGGGUUCAGCCACAGAGGUGGGGACUUAGGGAAAGCAUCCUUGAAUUUGCUUUAUAGAAACCUAGAUUGAGUUUUUUGACACAGGACUGAUGGUGCAUAACGGCAUCAGGACAAGGGAUGCUGGGGCUGGAGGAGACCAUGGCACUCAGCAAGGGAGAGAAGCAAGCCUUAGGAACCCAGGGCGCGGGUUGGUUGCAGACUCUGUGUGCUUGCCUCAUUGCCUACCACAGUCAUCAUAGUGGCAGGUGCUCCAUGAAACACCAAGUGCCGCUCUAGAAGCAGCCAGUCCCAGCCAGGUUCCGGGCUGUUCCUUCCCACUUGCUAUGUGCCACGGGGGGUGGGAGGGGAAGUCAGGCAGUGACCUAGCUCAGAGCCACCUCCGUAGCUCCUCCUGCAUGCACAGUCCCUGCUGUUUGCCUGGGGUGGAGGGACGGUACUUUGCCACCCCUCCCGUGGCUAUGGGACUGUUGCCCCCCAUCCCCCUGCUGUGAACCAGCUUGCCACCUUCCCGCCCAGGUUAGGGCCGAACAAGGUUGAGAAACAUUGGCCUCCAGGACACCUCCUCUCCAGGGAAUUUGGUAAAUGUGAAUCCGUGCCUCGGGACCUCAGGACUGGGCACAAAACCAUCCACCUGACCUAACUACCUCCCCUGGCCGUUCUCUCCCACCCCCACUUUCUGUUCUCCCCUCCCCGUCUGUGGAGAGGGCAAUAUAUGUGGUUGUGCGGGUGCAGUUACUACCCGUGUGGCAUUAAAGUGCCUUCUCUCCUUUUUUUUUCUAAUAAAAAUCAGUUUAUCGUGACAAUUUUCUGAUCAUUCCAUGUAAGUAUUUCAAGAAGGUCACUACUCAAAGGUAUUGUGUGCCCACCCCACCCCUGACUCA